AUGUCCGAACAAACACUCUGUUAUCGUGCCGAGAUGGCAGGGGCGAAUCUGCAGGUUUUGCCUGCUAAAAAGAGAAUCUUGAUGGAAACCUUCCUCAGUGUUGCAGGUAAACCUGCCCCGGCCUCUUUCUACAUAUCAAAUUUACCCUCCCUCGCCGUCAUUGGCGCGAUCCGUCGCGCCGGCGCCAGCCAAGACGACUCCCACCCCGGUCGCUGCAAGCCUAAUCGCCUCCCUCCGCCGCCCCUCAGUAUAUCCGGUUACGAGACAUCUCUUACAAGUCCGCUCACGGAAAGCAAUCUUAGAACAUAUCUCGAGGCCUGCGACAUGACGCCUUCCGUGGAUUCGCUGGACUUGAACUCGUCUUUUUACCAGAUGUCGAGAGCAAAUCAAAAUAAGAAGACGGUUUCAUAUUCGACCCCAGAAUUUCCCGAAGAUCUUGCUCUCAGGGGUAACCUGUUCUCAAAAAAAAUUCGUCUUGUCUUGGGACGAAAGGUCUUCAAGACCGGCUUUUCAAUGUCCGCUGCCACCUCUCGUCCCAACCACCCUCUCAUCCCAUGUCUCGAAAAUUUUUCAGACGAUAAACUUUGCCCCCAGCCUCCUCCUAAGUCUUCACCACCAGUCUCCACUCAAGUCGCCACCCCCAGCCUCCCCUCCGCAUGGUUGCCUGGGGGAGUAUUCACUAAGUCAUGGUUAAACAAAGAAGUAAUCAGGGUGGCUGGUCGCUUGCUGCCUGGCAACGGUGAAUUGAGAGCCCACAAUGUCUUUGUUGCUAUGAGACGAGGAGGCUGGGAGUCGUCGCUCCACAAUGGUGUCUCACAAUGGUGUCUCAGUUGCCACGCCCGGUGCCAUGGCCAGUGA